ACAACCUUGGCAACAGCAAGACCCGGAUAAAUAAUGGAUUUUUGAAAUAAAUUGAAGUUUUAAUAGGUUCAAAGCUUAUAGUAUGCUGUAUAUAACUAAGAAGAACUAAAUCUUUCUAUUCUAAAGAUUGUACGUUAACAGGGAAUACUCGAUAUCAAACUAUUAAUUAAGAAAGUACAAAGUUGACAAGUUUGUCAAGCUAUAAUUUAAGAUGUCAUCAGCUGCAGCCCAUUUGCAGGACUAUAAUGGCAUAGGUUCUGCUAGGAAGAAGAAAUGUUUACCAGUACCGGAAAAAGCACAUGGAAGCGAGGUUGGUUUACCGAUGCUGAGUUUGCGCUCCAAUCGAGAAGAUCAAAACACACCCGAAUUUUCCUCCAGUAACUUAUUAAGUAAUAAAAUGAAACUACCAGUCUUACCUCCAUUACCUCCGGAGGAGAGAGAUCACCCUUCCGAUUUGUAUAAAAUGGUACAAAAACAUGGUGAACACCCUCCAAUAAUGAGGGCUUCUUGGACUCAAGCUGCUCCUUUUAAGGAGCAAAAGUAUUAUAGGACUCCUAGUCAGUCUAUUGGUAAUAAUUAUACACCAACCGCAAGCGAUCUGACCAUGAAUGACAUUCCAAGGAUAAAAAAGGAAAUGUCAUUCUUGCAAAGGACACCAAGAAAUAGAACUUCGCUCGACUUGACUACUUUAAAAAGUAGAAAGAGAAAGUUAGACGAAAAGAUCAUACAAAGAGAUAACAACGGCGAAAGGAGUAGACCAUUGACUCCUGUAGAGCAAUUAGAUAUAAUGAAAACAAUUGAAGAGGACGAGGCAAGAGACAUAGAAGAGCCUCGAGAUCAGGAUUUAGAGCGCUACUAUUAUUAUAUAAAUAGAGGUAUAAGCGCUGAUAUGCUAGCCGCUCAGGACAGAGACAUUAUGGAUCGCAUUGAUCGUUUAAUACCAAAUAAAUUCCUUACGAAAUCAGCUUUUGCCUCUAAUCUCUUGGCACCUUUGUACUCGAAUUUAAAGGAAGAAGUAAGGGAAGAUUACGAAAUGAGCCUGAAAAAAGCUAUCGUUGAUUACAUUCUGAAAGAUCCAACUGAGAAGGUUCGAAUUCAUAUUAAGUGGUUACCAAGGCCCUAUCCUCAAAGGGUUAUUCGUGCUCCCGUGCCUUGGCACGAACAAUACACAGAAGCUAAAUACUUUCACCUUAACCAUUUGCAUACGGUCAAUCCUAUGAUGUCACUUUUACAAAAGUUAUGGCUGGAAGAAUUUGCUGAUAAACGAUUCGUAGUCUACGAAGAACUCUUGGAGGCUGAUUUACCGUUUCAUCCGAAAGAUUUUGAACAGGAAGUAAAGAAACAAUGCGCAAGGAUGCACGACGUUUUAAGAAAAAAAUGGGUUCCAAGAGUUUGCGAAAUAUUUAAGGUAAAUCUUAAUCAUUGGAUGCACCUUUGCCCGGAUACUCCUACCGGUUCUAGAGAGAUGGCUGAAGAAUUUUUUAGCUCUAUUGCUAGUUUAAUGUCAAAUCAAUUAAGAAGCUUAACAAUCAAUUCUUUAAAUGACUUUUUAAAGUUUCUACAAAUUCAUAAGAAUGGAAACGAUUUUGGUGAAGAUUAUGUGGAUUUGGUCUAUAAUAUGAAACAGAUUAUGUUAAUCAAAUUACAAGUCGAAGAACCAAAGAUAAUCUUUGAUCCACCAUUUUCCGAAUGUAAAGAAAUUAUUAUAAGGUGUUUUAAAGAGAUAAUAAACUGUAACGACAACAUUCCGAGGGUUGAAAUGGAACUAUUUCCAGACAGUAAAAUGUUACUCAGACCAGUUCGAUUGGAAGAAAGUCUAGUUCAGGAUAUAAUCAAUCAAGCACUGGAAAUUUUUCAAUUAAAUAUAGUUGGACCUCAUAAUUAUUUAAACUCGUACAAGAGUUAUAAUGAUCUUUUGAAUAAUAAAGCUGAACAAGCAGUUGCUAAUUUCCUGAAGCAAGAAGAAAAUGAUAUUCCAGAUUUUAUUAAGAAAAUUAGGGAAUUUCAAAAUUUAAAAGAUGAAAUUGCAUCCUUAAGGAUAACUGUACCACUAUCGAUGUUUUGUUUAAAUUGUUCGGAAUUGAACAACGAUCUAUGUCAGAGGGCAAAUAAACAAAAAGAGCAGCUAAUCUCCUUUGAAGUUAGCCAAAAUCGCAGGAUGAAUAGAGAUAUUGUUCGUCGUUACGUAGAAAUGGAAAACAAAGUUAUGGAAUUACCGGAAGAAACUGAAGAGCUCGUCAAUCUACAGAAAUAUUUAACUAAGCUAUAUGGGAAAGGUAGUAUGGAUAAAACUGUCCACGAACUUAAAAAAGAAAUCAAUGAAGCUGUCUAUAGGCUUAGUUUCCUUUUAGAUUACGCUUUUAUGCCAAAUGAAGAUAUAAAAUUGAAUAGUCAAUUGUUUCAAUGGCCACAAAGAAUUCUUAAUACAUUCGAAACGGCAACAAAUCGUCUUAUGAAUAGAAGAGAUCAAGUUGAAGAUGAAGUUCGCCGUAAGAGGAGAGCAUUCGAAGCUAAAUUAGAAGAAUAUCAUAAAGAAGUUGAAUCGUAUAAGAAGAAAGAGAUUAUGAGCGUUGACGAGAUGAGAAACAAUGUAGAUGCUUUGGCAAAGUUACAAGAAAAUCUUGAUGCUGCUAAAUUAGAGAUGGAACAAGUGAAUACGGAAGAAGAAUUAUUAGGAUGGGAACAAACUGAAUAUAUCCAAUUACCAGCUAUGGUCAAGGCAAAAGAACCAUACGAAAAGCUAUGGAAUACAACCUAUCUCUUCCAUAAAAAGCAAGAAGAAUGGCUCAAUGGUCCGUUUAAACAACUUAAUGCUGAAGAUAUUGAAUCAGAAGUUCAAGACAUGUAUAGAACUUUGUUCAAAUUGAAUAAAUCUUUCCAAGAUCAGGCCGGUCCUCAAAGAGUAGCCAAUGUCUACAAAGCUAAAAUUGACAAAUUCAAGCAAAAUCUACCCAUCUUGGCUGUUAUAUGCAAUCCAGGAAUAAGAGAUAGACAUUGGGCCCAAAUGAGUGAUAUUAUGGAGAUGGAUAUUAAGCCAGGAGAACAGGCUACAUUAUCAAAUAUGCUUGAAUUAGGUUUAAGCAAAUGCUUAGAUAAAUUAGAGGAAAUAAGCGGUGCUGCAAGUAAGGAAUUCUCUUUAGAGAAGAAUCUAAAGAAGAUGAAAGUGGAAUGGACAGACUUGAACUUUGAAUUUGUACCAUAUAGAGAAACGGGUAUUAAAAUCUUAUCCGCAAUUGAUGAUAUUCAAGUCGUUUUGGACGAUCAUAUUAUUAAAGCUCAAACUAUGCAAGGAUCCCCUUUCAUUAAACCAUUCGAAGCUGAAAUGAAAGAAUGGACUGAGAAAUUAGUGUCUAUGCAAGAUAUUAUUGAUGCGUGGCUAAAGGUUCAAGCUACUUGGCUAUACUUGGAGCCAAUUUUCAGCUCUGAAGAUAUUAUGGCUCAAAUGCCUGAGGAGGGGAGAAAGUUUGGUAUAGUUGAUGCAACUUGGAAGGAUAUUAUGUCAGAAGCUUCUAAGGAUAAUCAUUGUUUAAAGGCGACUGACCAACCCAAUAUGCUUAAACGCCUACAAGAGGCUAACGUCCUUUUGGACGAAAUUCAAAAAGGAUUAAACGCUUAUCUAGAAAAGAAACGUCUCUAUUUCCCUCGUUUCUUUUUCUUAUCAAAUGAUGAACUUUUAGAAAUUUUAUCUGAGACAAAAGAUCCUCUUCGAGUUCAACCACACUUGAAAAAGUGCUUUGAAGGUAUCGCUAAAUUGGAAUUUACUGAACAACAGGAAAUUGUUGGGAUGAUUUCAUCCGAAAAGGAAACUGUAGAACUGACACAAAAAAUUGUUCCCGCCAGAGCCAAAGGUAUGGUUGAAAAAUGGCUUUUACAAGUAGAAGAUGUCAUGUUAUCAUCCGUAAGGAAUGUCAUAUCAAAAUCAAUAGAUGGUUAUAAGACAACAGCAAGAAACAAAUGGGUACUUGAAUGGCCUGGUCAAGUUGUAAUUUGUGUUAGUUCUAUUUUCUGGACUGCUGAAGUUACUGAAUCGAUGAAAGACAGUAAAGGCUUAGAUGACUAUUUACAAAAGAGUAAUAAACAAAUAGAGGAAACUGUUGAAUUAGUGAGAGGAAAACUCGAAAGUGGUGCAAGAAUAACUCUCGGAGCUCUUAUCGUCAUAGACGUUCACGCAAGAGACGUUGUAGAGGCCAUGGCCAAGAAAAAUGUAACUAGUGCUAAUGAUUUCGACUGGUUGGCACAGUUACGAUACUAUUGGAUAGAAAAGCAUGUAUCGGUAAGAAUGAUUACAACAGAACUAAGAUACGGUUACGAAUACCUUGGUAACUCUGGACGUUUGGUUAUAACACCGUUGACGGAUCGUUGCUAUAGAACUCUUAUGGGUGCGCUUAAACUAAACCUUGGCGGAGCGCCCGAAGGACCCGCCGGAACUGGAAAAACGGAAACCAGUAAAGAUUUAGCGAAGGCGGUUGCUAAACAGUGCGUUGUUUUCAACUGCAGCGAUGGUUUGGAUUACAAAGCCAUGGGAAAGUUUUUCAAGGGUUUAGCCCAAGCUGGAGCAUGGGCCUGUUUUGAUGAAUUUAAUAGAAUUGAAUUAGAAGUAUUAUCCGUUGUUGCUCAACAGAUCCAGUGUAUUCAACAGGCUAUUAACAGUGGUGAAAAGAAGUUCAAUUUUGAAGGUACUGAACUAUCUCUUAAUCCAACCUGUACUAUGUUUAUUACUAUGAAUCCUGGAUAUGCGGGUAGACAGGAAUUGCCAGAUAACUUGAAAGUUCUUUUCCGUACGGUUGCUAUGAUGGUACCCGAUUAUGCUCUUAUCGGUGAAAUAUCCUUAUAUUCUAUGGGAUUUGUCGAUGCUAGAAGUCUCUCUCAGAAGAUUGUCGCUACGUAUAGAUUAUGCUCAGAACAGCUAAGUUCACAACAUCACUACGAUUACGGUAUGAGAGCCGUUAAGAGUGUUUUAACUGCGGCUGGAAACUUGAAAUUAAAACACCCUGAUACACAAGAACCAGAAUUACUACUUAAAGCUAUUAUGGACGUUAACUUGCCAAAAUUCUUGGCUCAAGAUGUACCUCUUUUUGAAGGUAUUAUCAGCGAUUUGUUCCCUGGUGUCGAAUUGGUUAAACCAGAUUUAGGCGUCUUCUUAGAAGCGUUGAAAGAUAACAUAGCCAAGAGAAAAUUACAACAAGUUCCGUGGUUCAUUGACAAGAUUAUUCAAGUAUACGAAAUGAUUCUUGUCAGACACGGUCUGAUGAUUGUUGGAGAACCUAUGGGUGGUAAGACCAGCGCUUAUCAGGUUCUAGCUGAUGCUUUAGGCGAUUUACACGAAUCAGGACUAAUGGAAGAAUUCAAAGUCUUUUAUAGAAUUAUUAACCCAAAAUCUAUAACAAUGGGGCAAUUAUAUGGUCAAUUUGAUCCCGUAUCCCACGAAUGGUCCGAUGGAGUUUUAGCUAAUACUUUCAGAGAAUAUGCAAGUAAUCCAAGUGAUGAUAGAAAAUGGAUUUUAUUCGAUGGUCCAGUGGAUGCGGUCUGGAUUGAAAAUAUGAACACAGUACUGGACGAUAAUAAAAAACUGUGCUUAAUGUCCGGUGAAAUUAUUCAAAUGAGUAAUUCAAUGAAUCUUAUUUUUGAACCUGCCGACUUGGAGCAGGCUUCACCUGCUACUGUAUCACGUUGCGGUAUGAUUUACUUGGAACCUCAUCAACUCGGUUGGAAACCUUUCAAAGAGAGUUAUAUGUUGCACGAACUACCUAAUACUUUGAGCGAAGAUCAUAAAGAAAUGCUAAAUGAUAUGUUCGAUUGGUUAAUAGAUCCUUGUUUGCAUUUUAUACAGCACAAUUGCAAAAUGCUUAUAAAUACCUCUCCUAUACACCUCGUAUUUACUCUACAAAGGCUACUUACCUGCUUAUUAGACGAAGUAAGAGACAGCGCAACCGAAGGAAAGGAAUUAUCCAAUCAGCAGAUUAUGCUAUGGUUACAAGGUUUAUUCCUUUUCUCACUUGUUUGGACUGUUGGUGGUACAAUAACUGGAGAAAGUCGUAAAAAAUUCGACGUUUUCUUCAGAGAUUUAAUAUCUGGAGCUAAUUCUAAUCAUCCAAAACCAAAAUCAUCCAAGAUUACAAAGAGUAACGCUUUCCCAGAAAGAUCAAGCGUCUACGAUUUCUGCUUCCUAAAGAAAGGAAGCGGAGGUUGGAUUGAUUGGAUGGAAACAAUUGAUAAAGAAAGUACAGAAUUAGCGGCAAAUGCAAAGGUCAGCGACCUUAUUAUUCCUACUAGUGAAACAGCUAGACAGUCCUUCUUUCUAACUACAUAUUUGAUGCAUGAGGUCCCAGUUUUAUUCGUUGGUCCAACCGGAACUGGUAAAUCGGCUAUCACAAACAGCUAUCUUAUUAAAUUACCAAAAGAUCAAUAUAUACCAAAUUGCGUAAACUUUUCUGCUCGAACCAGCGCUAAUCAAACUCAGGAUAUUAUAAUGAGUAAACUUGAUAGGCGCACUGGCAUUCUAAUUCAAGAUCACGAUUCACGUGAUCGUAAACUACGGCGUCGAAAAGGCGUUUAUGGACCUCCAUUGGGCAAGAAAUGUGUCGUUUUUGUUGACGACUUAAAUAUGCCAGCUAAAGAGAAAUAUGGUGCACAACCACCAAUUGAGCUACUACGUCAAUGGAUAAAUCAUGGUCAUUGGUACGAUAGGAAAGAUACUUCCAAGUUAUUCAUAGUUGAUAAUUUGUUUGUCGCGGCUAUGGGACCACCUGGAGGAGGACGAAACGACAUAACAUCAAGAUUUACUCGUCAUUUACAGAUUGUUUCCAUUGAUGAAUUUGACGAUAAUACUAUGAGUAGAAUAUUUACAACAAUUUCAGACUGGCAUUUUGCUAAAGGAUUCGAUCAAGCUUUUAAUCGAUUGGGAAAACUUAUGGUUCAAGCGACGAUGAAUGUUUAUAAACAAACAAUCGUUAGAUUUUUACCAACGCCAACAAAGUCACAUUACGUAUUCAACCUUCGAGAUUUCUCAAGAGUUAUUAGGGGCGUCCUUUUAGUACCAUCUUCAAAGAUGCAGGAACCGGACAAACUACUAAGACUUUGGAUACACGAAGUAUAUAGAGUCUUCUACGAUCGUUUAAUUGACGAUACUGACCGAGAAACCUUUUUCAAUGUCGUAAGAGAAGUUUGUCAGGAUUCUUAUAAACAAAGCAUUGAUAAAAUACUUGGACAUUUGACACUAAGCGGAAAAGUUACAGACGAACACAUUAGAUCGUUACUAUUCGGAGAUUACAUGAAUCCAGAUCAAGGACCAAAAGUCUAUGACGAAGUUACAGAUUUAAAAGAAUUAACAUCAACUAUUGAACACUAUCUUAGUGAAUACAACCAGCUAUCCAAAGCUCCAAUGUCUUUGGUCAUGUUCAAGUUUGCUAUUGAACAUGUGUCAAGAGUUAGUAGAGUAUUAUUGCAGGACAAUGGACACGCCCUCUUAGCUGGUAUUGGCGGUAGUGGAAGACAAAGUGCUACAAAAUUAGCAACAUUUAUGGCAGAUUACGACCUCUUCCAGAUAGAAAUAACAAAAAAUUACUCUAUUAGCGAUUGGAGAGAUGAUAUCAAAAGACUAUUGUUGAAAGCUGGUACAGAAGGUAAACAAAUUGUCUUCCUUUUCUCUGACAAUCAAAUAAAGAAUGAAUCAUUCAUGGAGGAUAUUAGUAUGAUUCUAAAUACUGGAGAUGUGCCGAAUCUUUACGCAUCGGACGAAAAAGCGGAAAUUAUAGAAAAGAUGCAAACAGUAGCGAGAAACGAGGGAAAGAAAGUGGAAGCUACACCGUUAGCUAUGUAUAAUUACUUCAUUGAUCGUGUCAGGCAAAAUUUACAUAUCGUUCUGGCUAUGUCACCAAUAGGAGAUGCUUUUAGAACUAGACUUAGACAAUUUCCAUCAUUAAUUAAUUGCUGUACUAUUGAUUGGUUCCAAGCUUGGCCGGAGGAUGCUUUAGAAAUGGUGGCUAAUAAGUUCCUUGAAGAAGUUGAUUUAGAAGAUAAUAUAAGGACUGAGAGUGUAUCGAUGUGUAAAUACUUUCACGAAAGCGUUAGACAAUUAUCGCUUAAAUAUUAUGAUACUCUCCGAAGAAUGAAUUAUGUAACGCCCACUUCCUAUCUUGAACUAAUUCUGACCUUUAAGAAACUAUUGGGUCAAAAGCGUAACGAAAUAAUGACCCUUAAAAAUCGAUACUUAACCGGUUUGGAGAAAUUGGAAUUUGCAGCUUCUCAAGUUGAAGUUAUGCAACAAGAAUUGACUGAUCUUCAACCUGAAUUGAUUAAAACUAGUGCUGAAACUGAAAAACUUAUGGUUAAAAUCGAACAAGAUACCGUUGAAGUUGAAGCAAAGAAGGAGGUUGUUGCUGCUGAUGAAGCUGUCGCAAACGAAGCAGCGGCAGCAGCUCAAGCCAUAAAAGACGAUUGCGAAAGUGAUUUAGCCGAAGCUAUUCCAGCUUUAGAAGCUGCAAUUAGUGCCCUAAAUACCUUAAAACCUAAUGAUAUCACUGUAGUUAAAUCGAUGAAGAAUCCGCCGACUAUUGUUAAAAUUGUUAUGGAAUCUAUUUGCGUUAUGUUAAAUAUGAAAGCGGAUAGGAAACCUGAUCCUGGUGGUUCCGGUAAAAUGAUAGAAGACUACUGGGCAGCAUCUCUACGUCUUCUAAGCGACUUGAAUUUCCUUAAUAGACUUAAAACCUACGAUAAAGAUAAUAUUCCACCUCCUAUCAUUAAAAAGAUUAGAGAUAAAUAUACGAGCAAUCCCGAUUUUGAACCGUCGGUUAUUAAAUCUGCGUCUACUGCUUGUGAAGGUCUUUGUAAAUGGGUAAAGGCUAUGGAUACGUACGACAGGAUAGCUCGAGUUGUUGCUCCGAAAAAAGCCAAAUUGGACGAAGCCGAAAGCGAACUAGCCGUUCAAAUGGAUAAAUUAAAUGCAAAAAGAGCUCAAGUGAACGAAGUAACAAGCAAACUUCAAGCUCUUAAUGAUGAAUUUGAAGCAAUGACCCAGAAAAAGAAAGAUCUUGAAGAAAAUAUUGAUCUAUGUACGAAAAAGUUGGAAAGAGCCGAGAAGCUUAUUGGUGGAUUAGGCGGAGAAAAAGACAGAUGGACGGCUAAUGCCAAAGAACUUGGAGAAAAAUAUAUUAACAUCACUGGAGACGUUUUACUAUCUUCAGCUGUUGUUGCUUAUUUAGGAGCGUUUACCGUCGACUUCCGUAAUGAACAAACGGCAAUUUGGCAUAAAAUAUGCACCGAGAAAGAGAUUCCAUGCUCUGAAAUAUUUUCAUUAAAUGCAACUCUAGGAGAACCCGUUAAAAUUCGAGCUUGGAACAUAGCUGGUCUCCCAGUAGAUUCUUUCUCAGUUGAGAAUGGUAUCAUCGUUGCUAAUUCUAGGCGUUGGCCAUUGAUGAUUGAUCCUCAAGGUCAAGCUAAUAAAUGGGUCAAAAAUAUGGAAAAAUCAAAUAAAUUGAAUGUUGUUAAGUUAACUGAUGCAAAUUAUAUUAGAACUUUGGAGAACGCUAUCACUUUUGGCCAACCAGUAUUGAUUGAAAAUGUUGGUGAAGAAUUGGAUCCUAUCCUUGAGCCUGUUCUUCAGAAGUUAACUUUCAGACAACAGGGUGUCGACUAUAUCAAAUUAGGAGAUAACAGUAUUGAAUACUCAAAAGAUUUCCGUCUCUACAUGACAACAGUUUUAAGAAAUCCUCAUUAUUUACCCGAGGUCAGCGUCAAAGUAUGCUUAUUGAACUUUAUGAUAACACCUCAAGGAUUAGAAGACCAAUUGUUGGGUAUUGUCGCUGCUAAAGAAAAACCCGAAUUGGAAGAGAAAAAGAACGAGUUAAUUGUUGAAAGUGCGGCAAAUAAGAAACAAUUGAAAGAAAUUGAAGAUAACAUUCUGGAGGUUCUUAGUUCUUCUCAAGGCAAUAUUCUAGAAGAUGAAAAAGCAAUUAAAAUCUUAUCUUCAUCCAAAAAUCUCUCAGAGCAGAUUUCUGCUAAACAAGAAAUAGCAGCAACAACAGAAAUUCAAAUUGAUCAAACCAGAAAUGGAUAUAAACCUGUAGCUGUCCAUUCUUCCAUUCUAUUCUUCUGCAUAUCGGAUUUAUCAAAUAUUGAACCUAUGUAUCAGUAUUCUCUUGUUUGGUUUAUUAAUUUAUACCUGCAGUCCAUCGCAAAUUCAGAACCAUCGACAGACUUAGAGACUAGAAUAGAGAAUUUAAAUGAACAUUUUUCCGAUAGCAUCUACAAAAAUGUCUGUAGAUCUUUAUUUGAAAAGGAUAAGCUACUCUUUUCCUUUUUACUGUGUAUCGGAAUACUUAAAGGAAGAGGUCAAAUUGACGAUACGGUAUGGAGAUUCCUACUUACUGGAGGAGUUGCAUUAGAAAAUCCUCAUCCAAAUCCAGCCUCCGAUUGGCUCAUUGAUAAAUCAUGGUCGGAAAUUGUUCGUGCUUCAGAUCUGCCGAACUUGAAAAAUUUUAUGGAGCACGUCAAGGAUAAUAUUAAUGAAUGGAAGGCGAUGUACGAUUCAGCCGAUCCGCAAGCUUUUAAAUAUCCAUCGCCCUAUGAUAUCCUGUCUGGUUUGGAUAGAAUCGUUGUAUUAAGAAUGUUUAGACCUGAUAAGAUCGUACCAGCGGUUCAACAGUUCAUUGUUGAACACCUGGGACAGUCAUAUAUUGAACCACCUACGUUUGAUCUACCUGGAUCGUAUAAUGACUCAAAUUGCUGCGCUCCUCUUAUAUUUGUUCUAUCUCCUGGUGCAGAUCCAAUGAACGCCUUACUUAAAUUUGCCGAAGAUAAAGGAUACUCAGGAAAUAAGAUAAAGACUAUUUCCUUAGGACAGGGUCAAGGUCCAAUUGCAUCGGGUAUGAUAGAUGAGGCUUUGAAGAAUGGAUCCUGGGUUGUAUUACAAAAUUGCCAUCUCGCAACCAGUUGGAUGCCUAAACUAGAAAAGAUCUGCGAGGAAGUAAUUAUACCGGAAAAUACCCAUAAGGACUUCAGAUUGUGGCUAACGAGUUAUCCAUCCGAUGAUUUCCCAGUUUCAAUAUUGCAGAAUGGAGUGAAGAUGACGAACGAACCUCCUAAAGGCUUAAGAGCAAAUCUAUUAAGAUCAUACCUAAACGAUCCUGUUUCCGAUUCGUCCUAUUUCAACGGAGGUGGAGAACCUCACAGAUUCCAUAAAAUGCUUUUCGGACUCUGCUUCUUCCACGCUUUAGUACAAGAGAGACGAAAGUUUGGACCUUUAGGAUGGAACAUACCGUACGAAUUUAACGAAUCCGAUUUAAGAAUUUCGUUAACACAAUUGCGAAUGUUUUUAACCGAUUACGAAGAACUUCCUCUCGAAGCUCUCCUUUACCUUACAGGAGAAUGUAAUUACGGAGGAAGAGUCACUGAUGACAAGGAUCGUCGUCUUCUUAACUCUCUACUAGGACUAUUCUACUGUAAUGAAAUUAUUGAUAUCGAAUCCUACAAAUUUUCCGCUUCCGGGAUAUAUUUUGCUCCUAAAGAUGGAACUUAUAGAUCGUACGUUGAUUAUAUCCGCGGUUUGCCUCUUAUUCCUCAUCCCGAAGUAUUUGGUCUACACGAAAACGCUGAUAUUACUAAAGAUAAUAAGGAAACUAGCCAAUUAUUUGACAGCAUUCUCCUAACACUUCCAAGACAGACUGGAGGCGCGGGCAAGUCACCAGGCGAAACUAUUCUCGAUUUAGCAGCUGAUAUCUUGUCAAAACUACCAGCCGAUUUCGAUAUGGAAGCCGUAAUUAAGAAAUAUCCCGUUAUAUAUACAGAAAGUAUGAAUACGGUACUAAGACAAGAACUAAUCCGAUUUAAUCGAUUAACUCGAGUGGUGAGAAGUACACUUAUUAACCUACAAAAGGCCAUUAAAGGUUUAGUCGUUAUGUCGGCUGAACUUGAAGAAAUAUUCGAUAGUAUGCUAGUCGGUAAAGUACCUGCCGUUUGGGCAGCAAAAAGCUAUCCAUCUCUAAAACCUUUGGGUGGUUACGUUAGCGACUUUUUAGCUAGAUUAAAAUUCUUUCAAGAUUGGAUUGAAAACGGCACUCCAACUACUUUUUGGGUAUCCGGUUUCUAUUUUACGCAAUCCUUCUUUACAGGAGUGUCGCAGAACUACGCUCGUAGAUAUAAAAUACCAAUUGAUCAUCUAGGCUUUGAAUUUCAAGUUAUGAGCGAAGAAAAAGAAAUGAAAGAGAAACCACAAGAUGGAGCUUAUAUCUAUGGUUUAUUUAUCGAGGGUGCAAGGUGGGACAGAGAUACUAUGGUAAUAGCUGAAUCGCAUCCGAAAAUUCUAUACGAUACAAUACCAAUUAUUUGGCUCAAACCGGGCGAGGUCUCAAAAUUCGAAAAAAGGCCAAUCUACGACUGUCCAGUAUAUAAAACUUCAGCCAGAAGAGGCACUUUAUCAACAACUGGUCACUCUACUAAUUUUGUCCUAUGGUUGCAAUUACCAUCUAAUAAACCUCAACAACACUGGAUUAAUAGGGGUGUGGCUGCUCUAUGUCAACUGGACGAUUGAUUACAAAUAUACAUAUAUACAUUUACAUAUAUAAAAACAUUUAUAAAUUAUAUUAUUAUUUUUUGUUCCUAUUUUGCACAAAGAAAACGAUUUAUGAAUAUUCAUAAAGCAUCAAAGUGUAUACAUAUAUAUAUAUAUAUAUAUACUAAUAUUUAUUAAUAUAUUGUAUUAAGUAUACACUGCAUACGUUAUGUAUUUAUAUGAUACAUACAUUUGUCCCAUUCCCUCUCUCUCUCUCUCUUCUUGCUAAGGCACAUAAAAUAGGAGAAAAAGAAUUUUCCCUUUUACAUUUGUUGUUUGCAUUUUUUUUUUAAAAAAACAAAAAUUUUUACUUUACCAAUACUAGUAAACAACUACUAAACCAUGAAAUAAAUACAACAAUAUUCAUUACGUCAAAUAUUUUAAUUACUACUACAACUACUAUUUCUACUACUAUGUUCAAACUAUUACGAAUGUUUGAUUACUGAUGUUUUGCACAUAAAGCAACUCUCU